CUGUUUUCAACCCAGACACCUGAAACAAUGGCUGUGCUUGUGGACUUCCUUAUACUUACAGUUAAAGUAUUUGGAUACAUUCUCUAUUCAGUGCUUCAGUGGGUUAAGAAACCCCCUGAAAAAAUGGUCAGUAAUGAAAUCUGCUUGGUAACAGGUGCAGCCAGUGCAACCGGCAUUGGGCGUCUUUUUGCGCUGGAAUUUGCCCGACGGGGAGCCACACUCGUCUUGUGGGAUAUCGAUCCAGAAGGCAAUGCAACCACUGCUCAGGAAAUACGCAAGCUGGGAGCCAGAGCCUAUGUUUACACCUGUGAUGUGAGCCGGCGGGAAGAGGUCUACAGCGCUGCUGAAAACGUGAGAAGGGAUGUGGGAGAUGUCACAAUUUUGGUCAACAAUGCUGGAGUGAUCGCUGGAAAGUCCAUCUUGCAGUGUCCCGAUGAGCUGCUGGAACAAACCAUGAAGACUAACUGCCAUGCUCAUUUCUGGACUGUCAAGGCUUUCCUUCCUCAAAUGAUCAAGAGAGGUCACGGCCACAUUGUGACAAUUGCAGGUUCUCUCGGACUUUUUGCCGCAGGCUGUGUGGAGGAUUACUGCGCUAGCAAGUUUGCUGUGGUUGGAUUCCAUGAAGCUCUUAGCCAUGAGCUGAAAGCCAAAAGAAUCAACGGUGUGAAGACUACACUAGUGUGUCCAUUUUUCAUGGACACUGGCAUGUUCCGUGGCUGUACAAUCCGGCAAGAGCUGAAAACCCUGAUUCCUCCCUUAUGGCCAGCCCGUUGUGUGAAGACAGCAGUGCAAGGAAUACUUUGUAAUCGGCACAUGAUCUGCAUCCCUAGACUGAUGUACCUGGCAGCUAUUUCAAAACAACUCCUUCCUUGGGAUGCUCAAGUUCUUGUUCAGAAAUUCUUGGGAUUGGACAAGUGCAUUCCACAAAACGUAGAUGGUCACCAUUUUGCAGCGAGAAGAUGAACUCCAUGAAACAGCAUUUCUAGUCCUAGAUUCAGACACAGCUGGACAAUGCCACCUUAUUUGCAGUCCUCAGCAUAGGAGCCAUUAGAACACACCAUUCUUGUUUAAGGGGUGGGACUGUGGGAUGAACAUAGGCAGAGACUGUGAGCAUUCUUGCCUUUGGCGAUCAAGCAGCAGGAGGGAAAUUCCUCCCAAUAUCUGCUCACGCGGAUUGAUCAAAACACUUAGGGCAGUGGUUCCCAACCUGGGACCCUCCAGCUGUUGCAAUUCAUUGUGGCUGGGGCUGAUGGGAAUUGUUCAGCAACAGCUGGUGGCUCCCAGGUUGGGAACCACUUGAUUUCAGCUCCACAGAGACACACGGUAGGUAGAAACAUGUUAUUGAUGAAUAAAUAAGCCAAUCCAGCACCUCAGCCACCCUUACUUUGAGGCAUUCUGUCCUCAGGUGAAAGAGCUUUCCAGGAAGCUGGCUUAAUAGAGCUUGUCUACUCUAGAUACCAAUAAAACAUGGAAUGUAGCCUGCCCUCUAUUAUCCGGGAGAUAACUGAUUUAAAUUAAAUUGAGUUAACUGAUGUCAGGUUUUGAGGCAGCCUGAAACAAAUGGCUCAGAUGUGUGAGUCUCUGUGUAUUGUAUCAAACUCCCCUGAUAACACUUCAGUUAUGAACUAUUUUCUAGCUGAUCAUUUCAGAUGACAGAACAGAAAGGAGCAGGCUAGGGUCAAAUACAUUCCUUGGAUCUUAUAACCCACUUGCUCAAAGGAUUAAGCCAAUGGAAAUAAAACUAUCAUACUUUCCCCAUCU